ACUCUCCAUGGCACAAUUCGCAUAGAGGCGCUUUCUUCUUUGCAGUGAUUAGGCAGCAAAGUGACCUUCCUCUCUCUGGCUUCGGUGGCUUUGUAUUUUGAGGUAACUAACACAAUGUCGCUGAGGCGUUUCUUAGGCUUUUCUGAUGGUGAGGUCAUGAGGUCUGACGCAAAACCUUGUUCUCGGCUAAUGAGGCACACGGCUGGAAUCUGUAGUGUUGGGGGAGCAUUAGGAUUUUGGAUCCUUUGUCGACUGCAUUAUGGUCCUCGAAUUACAAAUCCUAGGAGCCUUCGUUGGGCAGCAUGUGGAGCUGUAACUGUAAGCUCAAGCACGGCUUUACUGGUUCGUUUAUUUAGUCCUGAAUGUGAGCCCCAGAAUAUAGCUGCUUACGACAAUAAAAAGUAACACUGAUAUUGUCACCCCUUUCAUAUUUCACUGUUAGUUAAUAUAAAAAAGGGGAAAUUAUGAGUUUUUGAGAACCUUUUCUCCCCAGGAAAUGGACCAACAUAUUGAAAUCACAUCACUCUUGUAGCAUUAUAAUAUACUUGAUUAGCUAGGUUGCAAAUAUAUUGCAUAUGUAAGGUUUAUGGAAUGGAUUAGGCUAAUUAUUCUCAUUAUGAAUUGCUAUUAGAAA